AUGGCUGGUGCAGAGCUGGAAGAUUUGUGCUCUCAUAUCAAUGAAAAACUUUCCCACGUUAAGAAAAUUCUGCAAUUAAAAAACAUAGGACAUGAUCCAGCCUUAAAGACUGUGUUUUGGAAAAUUAGAAAUGAAAUGACUCUUCUAAAUGACCUUUUAAACAAGUUGGAGUUGGAGGUUCAAUAUCAAGAACAUAUCAGGAAUUCACUUAGGGAGUUACAAGAAUCCCUUGAUGGAAAUUACAAAGAAUUACAUAACUUUAAGGAAAAUAUUCCUCCUCAUUUGCCUAAAGUAGUCCAGAGCUGUGUGGUGGAACCAAAUGUUAAUCCUGAAGAGCAAGUUAAAAUUACAGCAUCUGAACACCCAAAGAAACCCCCCAAAGAGCAAAAACCAAUUAAAGAAAUUUUACUGGUAACUUCUCAUGAAUUCGAUAAUGUGCCUGCGUAUAUGAAGUCUCGUCUGACAUACUGUCAAAUUAAUGAUUUUAUUAAAGAAAUCAACAAGGCAGUGGCUAGCAAAUAUAGAAUCCUAAAUUUGCCCAAAAAAACUAUGAAUUCUUCUAUCAGAAAUCUGUAUCACAGAUUCAUUGAAGAUGAAACCAAGGAUACCAAAGGCCAAUACUUUGUAGUAGAAGCUGAUAUAAAAGAGUUCACAAAUUUGAAAGUUGACAAGCGGUUUCAUGUGCUACUGAACAUUUUAAGGCACUGCCGACGGCUGUCAGAAGUCUGUGGAGGAGGACUUGUCCGUUAUGUUAUAAACUGA